AAGUUGUCAACAAAACAGGCGACGCUGGAGAAGAAAUUCAUCUCACUCCAAAUGAAUGCAGUCGCAAACGCGGAAUUUCUCGCUCUAGCGAAAUCAGCACGAGAAAUAAAGGUUUCGGUGCAAAAUGACGAAAAGGAAGUUUGUCGUAUGACGGGCGAAGCAUGUGACAAAAUUAUGAAUGAAAUUGCCAGCAUGCUGCCCUGCUCCGCAUAUACCCCGAUAAUGGCGCUCGAGGAAAAGUUAAAGGCAAAGGAGUAUGUGAAAGCAAUGACCACAUAUUUGUACAAAGUGAAAGGCGUGUCGGGCGACGUUGGCGGCGUGUUUAAAAAGCUUUUAACCGAUGAGUCCUUGGCUGAGUUUAAUUGGGAAGGGAGGUGGAAGCAGAAAGCCUUGAGAGAACUAACGUUGUUUGAGCAUGUUUUGCGCGGUAAACUAAAAAAUAAUAGUGUCAAUAAUGCACUAGUUUACAUACAUUUAUUCCUUAUUUAAACGUUUUCAAUAACAUGACCUCCAAGUAGUUCGAGCACGCUGUUAGAAAACAAGUGGAGCAGAGUUAUCAUCGUCUUCAUAAAAAAAAAUAUGACUCCAAAAAA